GGCGGGCCAUGUGCCGCCGGCCGGGCGAAGGUACAAAACUGGCCCAAGCGAGGAGGCGGCAAGCUCCGUCGGAAGCGCGCCUGGCUCCCUCAGCAUGGCCCGGCUCGGCCUCCCCGCCGCCUCCUCCUCCUCCUCCUCCUCCUCCUGCUGCUGCCUGUGGCGCUGCUGGGCGCUCUUCCUCCUGUGGGCGCCGUCGUGGACGCGAGCAGAUAUUCAGUAUGCGACUGUAUAUUGGUCAAAAGCUGAAAAGUCCUUCCAGAUUAAAGAUGUAUUGGACAAGAAUGGUGAUGCUUAUGGCUACUACAACGACAGUGUACAUUCCACAGGGUGGGGGAUUCUUGAGAUCAAAGCAGGAUAUGGCAGCCAUGCCCUUGGCAAUGAAGACCUCAUGUAUGCCGCAGGCUACUUGGAGGGCUAUCUCACUGCUUCACACAUGUGUGACCAUCUUGCAAACCUAUAUCCACAGCUGAUUAAAAAUGUGAUCAUUGAAAAAAAAGUUCAAGAUUUCAUGAGCAAACAAGAUCAUUGGACUCGACAACAAAUCAAAACCAAAAAGGGUGACCCAUUCUGGAGACAUGCAGGGUAUAUUAUUGCCCAGUUGGAUGGCCUGUACAUGGGGACUGUGGAAUGGGCUAAACGAGAACAAAGAACACCUCUCAGUGCCUUUCAAGUUAGUUUUUUGAAUGCAGUUGGAGAUCUCCUUGACCUUAUUCCUGCCUUAUUCUCAGAUAAAGCAGUGAGCAUUGAUGAUAUAUUACCAAUAGGCAUCCAGCGAUACCAGGGGGAUAUGGGCCAUUGUUCAGCUCUGAUCAAGGUUCUUCCUGGAUAUGAGAAUAUCUACUUUGCUCAUUCUAGCUGGUUCACAUAUGCAGCCACUCUGAGAAUCUAUAAGCAUUGGGACUUCAGAAUCGAUGAUCCACAAACAAGCACAGGCCGUGCCUCAUUCAGCAGUUAUCCAGGUUUUUUGGUGUCUCUAGAUGACUUUUAUAUACUUGGCAAUGGCUUGAUCAUGUUGCAGACCACCAACAGUGUAUACAACCUAACUCUCCUGAGACAAAUUGUACCUGAGAGCCUCUUUGCCUGGCAGAGAGUCCGCAUUGCCAACAUGAUGGCAGAUUCCGGAAAAGCCUGGGGAGAAAUCUUUGAAAAGGAAAACUCUGGCACCUAUAACAAUCAGUAUAUGGUCUUGGAUACAAACAAGGUCAAAUUGCAAAGGAGCCUUGAUAAUGGAACCCUCUAUGUAAUUGAACAGAUUCCGAACCACGUGGAAUAUUCUGAUCAGACAAAUGUUCUCCGAAGAGGAUACUGGCCAUCUUACAACGUCCCUUUCUAUGAAAAUAUAUUUAACAUGAGUGGAUAUGUUGAAUAUGUUAAAAAAUAUGGAUUGGACUAUUCUUAUGAAAUGGCUCCCAGGGCAAAAAUCUUCCGACGGGACCAAGGAAAGGUUGUGGACAUCGAGACCAUGAAAUACAUCAUGCGAUACAACAACUACAAGAAGGAGCCCUAUGCAAGGAACAAUCCUUGCAAUACCAUUUGCUGUCGAGCAGAUCUGAACCUCAAGACUCCAGUUCCUGCUGGUUGUUAUGACACUAAGGUAGCAGACAUCAAUAUGGCUAUGAAGUUUACAGCCUAUGCCAUCAAUGGCCCACCUGUGGAGGAAGGCCUGCCCAUCUUCAACUGGAGCCGUUUCAACAAGACAAAACACCAGGGCUUGCCAGACUCGUAUAAUUUUGAUUUCAUCACUAUGAAGCCAGUAUUGUGAAACUACAAUCAGAAACUGAAUUGAAUGUGUGUUUGUGUGGGAGGGAGGGAAGGAGGGAGGGAGAUUUUCUCAUUAUGCUUUUACUGCUUACCAAAUAAAGUGCAACCCAAGAUCCCA